GUGGACAUGAACGGGCGGCAUCUUUAAACGGCAACCGUUUUUAUUGAAAUUCCUAGCAAAACGCAGGGGGCCUCCAAGUUCUCGCAUUGUCGAUUGAACUGUGCCUGAAGGCCGCUUUUUGGACAUCGAAACUCAAAUAGCCAGCGGCGGCGCCUCACCACCACCACCACCAUGUCUACCCUAAUCCGCAGGGCUGCUGAGAAACUCCGUCCCAAAUAUGUUCCUAAACUAUGCAAUUUGGAUCUCCCUAAAACCCGACAGUUUAGCACCCGGGCAGUACCUCCAUUAGAUGGAGCCAGCACCGGUCUCUACGGAUUCGACCACUUAAAAACUCCCAAAGGCUUUCAACGGUUCGUCGACGAAGCCAUCGAGAGGUCUGGGGAAUUGGUCAAUCGUAUUUCUAUGAUGCCUUCAUCAGCGGAAAUUAUCCAAGCCAUGGAUGAGAUUUCGGACACAGUUUGCUCUGUUGUUGAUUCUGCAGAACUUUGCAGACAUACUCAUCCAGACAGGGAAUUUGUUGAGGAGGCUAACAUGGCAUCAAUGAGGAUCAAUGAAUACCUACAUUAUCUUAAUACAAAUCAUACUUUAUAUGCUGCCGUGAAAAGAGCAGAGAAAGAUGGGCAUUUGCUUACAAAGGAGGCUCAUAGGGCUGCACACAACCUACGCAUUGAUUUUGAAAAGGGUGGAAUUCAUCUACCUUCUGAGAAAUUAGAUAGAGUGAAUCAGUUAAGCAUGAACAUUUUUCAACUCUCUAGGCAGUUUGGUGAAAAUAUAAGUACUGAUCCAGGUCAUGUGGAUAUAUAUCCGGUGUCCCGGAUACCAAAACAGAUACACCAUCUUCUUACUCCCAUUCAUCGCUUCACAUCUGGAACUUCUGGAGGAUCAACAGGAUCAUGGGGUAACAUGAAAGAAAAAGGAUUUCGGAUAAUAACAGAGCCACGAACUCUAGUUUCAGUUCUGCAUUGCGCAGCAGAUGAGGAGGUUAGGAAGAUGGCAUAUAUUCAAGGGAACUCUGUCCCACGUGCAAACCUCAAAGUUCUUGAUGAGCUUAUUGCUGCUCGCCAUGAGCUUGCUCAGAUAAUGGGUUAUAGAUCUUAUGCUGAAUUUACGGUGAAACAAAACUUGGCUUCGUCACCAGAAGUUGUGAUGUCUUUUCUCUGUGAAAUGAGUGAGAUGAUCAGGCCAAAAGCUGAUCAGGAGUUUGAGACAAUAAGAAAUUUUAAGAGAGAGAAAUGUGGUCAAAUAUGUAUUGAUCUAGAGCCAUGGGAUGAGGCAUACUAUACAGGGAUGAUGAAGUCUUGCGAUCAUAAUUUAGACUCUUCAAUAGUAGCAUCAUAUUUUCCUCUACGACAGUGUAUUGAAGGUUUAAAAGUACUAGUGAAGUCAUUAUUUGGUGCAACAUUUCAUAAUGUUCCAAUGGCACCAGGUGAAUCAUGGCACCCGGAGGUUCUUAAAAUGUCUCUUCAUCAUCCUGAAGAGGGUGAUUUGGGAUAUCUAUACCUGGAUUUGUACUCCAGGAAGGGCAAAUAUCCAGGUUGUGCUAACUUUGCAAUUAAAGGAGGACGGCGGAUUUCUGAAACAGAAUAUCAGCUUCCUGUUGUGGCCCUUGUUUGCAAUUUUCCAGGAUCAAAUAGUUCAAAUCUGAGGCUUAAUCACUGGGAAGUGGAAACUCUUUUUCAUGAGUUUGGACAUGCUCUUCAUUCCUUGCUCUCAAGAACGGAUUUUCAACAUUUUUCAGGUACUAGGGUGGUUCUUGACUUUGCUGAAACUCCUUCAAACCUGUUUGAGUACUAUGCCUGGGAUUACCGGGUCUUGAGAACAUUUGCCAAGCACUAUUCAACUGGUGAAAUAAUACCUGAGGAGUUGGUGAAGUCGAUGCAAGGUGCUAGAGAUAUGUUUGCUGCAACUGAAUUGCAACGCCAGGUUUUCUAUGCUUUGGUCGACCAAACUCUUUUUGGAGAACAGCAAGCCUCUUGUAGGGAUACAAGUUCUAUUGUUGCAGAUCUUAAAACGCAGUAUACCAGUUGGAAGCAUGUGGAGAGUACACACUGGCAGAUCAGGUUCAGUCAUCUUGUAAAUUAUGGUGCAGGUUACUAUAGCUACUUGUAUGCUAGAUGUUUUGCUGCAACCAUAUGGAAGAAGUUAUGCCAGGAAGAUCCACUUUCAUCAAGCACAGGAACUUGUCUGAGAACAAAGUUAUUGCAGCAUGGUGGGGCCAAAGAACCCAGUGAAAUGUUGAAUGAUCUCGUAGGAGAAGGGAUUGUUAGAUAUUGCAACUCAGGAAUAGUUCCUGACAUGACGGCCUUUACGGAUGAGUUGAGCCUAGUAGAAGAUCAGCGUCUGCAACUCCGCUUGUAAUCAACCAAAUGUCAGAAGCCAAUUUUAGGAUAAUGGCGAGAUGGGUAUCAUUUAGGUAAAUCUUGUUCUAAAAGGCCUCGUUAAUAUGAGGCGAGCAUCAUUUGCCAAUACUCCCAAUAACUGGGAGUGUUGUUUUAAUUUAAAGCCAUGGCCCACUUCAGAAUCUAUCCUAACCCAGGAAUCGGUUACUUGUGGGCAUCUGACUUGUGUAUUCGUUGUAGAGAGUUAAAUGCUUGAAGAGAGAGAGCUUGACUUGAUCACCGUGUAUUUCCUUGUGUUCUAAGUAUUGAGUUAGCCCAUUCGUCAGGC